AUGGAAGAAGCAAUAGUUCUCUACCCAUCACCAACUAUUGGCCACUUGAUUUCUCUGGUGGAGCUAAGCAAACUCUUACUCACCCACAAAUCCUCUCUCUCCAUUCACAUACUCUUGCCCACAGAGCCAUACAGCGCUGGCAAAAUGGAUACAUACAUCGCCGCCAUCUCAGCCACCUAUCCUUCCAUCAAAUUCCACAAUCUCCCCACUGUCACCCUCUCUACCACCACCGCAACCCACCAUGAAACCUUCAUUUUUGAGGUCCUCCGUUUGAGCAAACCUUUGAUACGUGAACAGCUUCUCUCCAUCUCUAAGAAGUAUACCAUUCGUGGCAUUAUUAUAGACUUCCUUUGCACUUCUGGUCUCUCUCUGGCCACAGAUCUCAACAUCCCUGCUUAUAUUUACAUUACUUCUUGUGCUUCCUUUCUUGCUUCUUAUCUUUAUCUCCCUACUCUUCAUGAAAAAACCACCAAAAGUUUCAGAGAUAUAAAGGAGUUUCUUGAUAUUCCUGGCUUGCCUCCACUUCGUGGCACUGACAUGGUCAAGCCAUUUCUUGAUCGUGAUGAUGAUGCCUAUAUAAAUUUUCUUGAUUUUGCCAUUCAAACACCAGAAGCCAAAGGAAUCAUCGUCAACACCUUUGAAGUUUUGGAGUCCGAAGUUAUCAAGACAAUAUCAGAUGGACUCUGUGUGCCGAAUAAUCGCACACCGCCACUUUUCUGUGUUGGUCCAUUGAUUCUAGCUGAUGGCCGGCAAAGAACAGGAGGAGGUAGCUGCAAGACUAGCUCUGAUGAUGGUGUGCCUGAGUGUCUGACCUGGCUCGACUCCCAACCAAGUCAAAGCGUUGUGUUUCUUUGUUUUGGUAGCUUGGGGCUAUUUUCCAAGGAGCAGUUAAAGGAGAUAGCUACUGGGUUGGAAAGAAGUGGCCAGAGGUUCUUGUGGGUAGUUCGCAAUCCACCUGCUGACAAUAUAGGCGUAGCUAUAACAGCACAGGCAGAUCCUGAUUUGGAUUCUUUGCUUCCUGAUGGUUUUUUGGAACGCACUAAAGAGAGAGGUCUAGUGGUUAAAUUAUGGGCUCCCCAAGUGGAAAUUUUGAACCACAGUUCAACGGGUGGAUUUGUGACUCAUUGUGGGUGGAAUUCUACGCUUGAAGCAGUGUGUGCUGGUGUGCCAUUGGUGGCUUGGCCAUUGUACGCAGAGCAAAGGCUGAAUAGGGUAGUUUUAGUGGAGGAAAUGAAGCUUGCUCUGUCCAUGAAUGAGUCUGAAGAUGGAUUUGUGAGUGCCGAUGAGGUAGAGAAGAAGGUCAGAGGGUUGAUGGAGUCUGAGGAGGGUAAAUUGAUUAGGGAGAGAGCUAUUGCUAUGAAGAAUGCAGCCAAGGCUGCAAUGGACGAAGGUGGUUCUUCUCAUGUGGCGUUGUCCAAGCUUGUCCAGUCAUGGAAGCCUGAAAAAUAA